AUGAAUUGGCCGAAGCUCCCAGCUCGAGCAGCGUAUUUGGCAUUGCGCAAUGCUCAGAAGAGGAAUGCUCUUUCACUCGAAGUGUUGAGAGACCUGCGAGCACAGCUCCACAAGCACAACACCUCACCUGUAGACGGAAAGCUGAGAAUACUACCGCCAUUUAAGGCAGAGAUACUGGAUAAGCUCGAGGCAGCGAGCAAAGAUGGUGACGCUGCCGCUCGGCAGGAGUACGGCUGGCUUCUGGACGCAUCGACUUGGCAAAAGGAGCGAGAGGGUCUACCAAAUGUCAUUGUGCUACGGGGCGCGGGUCCGGUGUUCAGCGCCGGCCAUGACCUGGGUGAGCUGCGACGACUGCCAUACGAAGAAGUGAAAGAAACAUUCGCGCUCUGCGCUGAAGUCAUGUCGCUAAUCAGGCGAUCGCCAGCGCCUGUCAUCGGUAUGAUACAAGGGCUGGCAACCGCAGCUGGGUGUCAACUUGCAUUGACCACAGACCUGCCGGUCGCCUGUGCCUCCACACAGUUUCGCUUACCGGGAGCAUCAUUGGGUCUUCCCUGCACGUCGCCUUCCACUGCUGUGGCGCGCAAACUGGGCAAUGCGUUCACCUACCGUAUGCUGGCAAUGGCGCAGCCCGUCAGAGCCGAUGAGCUACCUGGCGGAGCAGUGGAAAUCGUAGCGGACAGCUCGGAAGCACUCGAGGAGCGAAUAGCACAAAUGGUCGAGCAGCUGGCUGCCAACACGGCGGGUCAGCCCCAAGCAUUGGGUAAAUGGGCGUACUGGACACAAGUAGGCAUGAAUGGUUCUGAGAGUGCUGGGGAUGGCUAUGAAGAUGCAGUGUCCUGGACCGGGCGAGUUAUGGCGCUCCAUGCAAGGUCGGCGGAUGCUAGAGAAGGCAUGAACUCGUUCUUCGAGAAGAGAAAACCGAGUUGGCAGACUUGA